GGGGGGGGCGGCGCGCGCCGUGGUCCGGCCGUCGUCCCCGCCAUGUACCGCAGCCGCGGCCGUUCCCCCGCCUCGACCCACCGCCUGAAGGAGGGCGGCGGGUCCCGGUCGGCCCCCAGCCGCCCGCCCGGCCGCCGACCCCGCUCCCCGGCCGGGCCCCGCGCCCGCCGCGCCUCGCCGCCGCCUCCGCCGCCUCAGCCGCCUCCGCCGCCUCCGCCCCGCGCCUCCCGCCGCGGCUCCCCCUUCCCGCCCCGCAACCGCCGCCCCGACCCGCCCCUGCCGCCCGCCGCCUCCAGGCCCGCCGGCCGCGCCGGGACCCGCUCCGACUACGGACGCGCCGAACACGCCGGGGACGCCGGCGGACGGAGGCGCUCUCCGGGACUCCUCUCCGACUCUCCGUUGGACCAGAGCUUGCGAAUCACUGUCGGCAAUGAACGGUUCAGUGCCAGCUCGUCCAAGCGGCGACGGCUGAAUGAUCUGGAGAACCUGGGGGAUCUGGACAGGGAUGGCCUGGCCGACGGCCCCAUCUUCACCCGGGGCCUCGAGCGCUACCCCUCCCGUGAGGAGCGGUCCCAUAGCCCCUACCCUGGGCGGCACAAUGAGGACUACCGCAUGGGGGAUCCCUACCCGCCCCGGGGCGACUAUUUCGGCCGCAGCGAGGAGUUGUCCCGGGGCUCCGAUCGGGAUGGGGACAGGCUCAAAAAGGGCUCCUAUCCUAUGCGGGCCGAGGACCGGGGCCGGGAGGUUAAACGGCCCCGUUACGACGAUGGCGAGAAGCUCCCCGGCCUCGGGGGGGACCACCCCAGCUUCGGCUCGGGCACACGGAACUACCGGCGCCGCAGCCGCAGCCCCAGCCCCCGCUUCCUGGACCCUGAAUUCCGGGAGCUCGACCUCGCCAGGAGAAAGCGCGAAGAAGAAGAGCGGACCCGGAGCCUGGGCCCCCCAGAGCUGGUGGGGGUGGACAGCAGCGGCGGCAGCUGUGCCAUCCCGGGGCUGACGGGGGUGCCGCCGGGCUCAGAGGCAGGCUAUCCUCUGCACCGGCCCGAUGAGGUGCCUGCGAUGCCCAAGAAGUCGAUCCUGAAGAAGCGGUUGGACGUGGACGUGGAACCGCCCCUGCAGCUCGAGAGCUUUUCCGGUGGCGGCGGCAGCACCACUUCCUCCAGCCAGGACCUCCCUCUCCUCUCGGGCCACCCAUCCCUGCCCCCGAGCAGCACCAGCACCUAUACCACCCCCUUCAGCGCGGAGGUUGAGAACUUCCUGAAACGAUUCAAUAAGGGGGCCGUGGCCGAGACCGCACCCAAGGACCCCCCCGCCAACCUCUACAAGUGGGGCCCCUUCCAAGGACUGCCGAAGGGCAGCGGCCCCCUCGAAGAGAAGUCGGAGAGCUUCCUGACUCCCAAGGAGAAGGCCGAAGUGAAGUCGGAGCCGGCCGAGAGAGGCACGGACUUCCUGUUGCCCCACGAGCGGGCCAGCCAGGACGGCAGCGGCUUCUCCCGCAUCCUGGGCCUGCUGGCGGACUCGGCCGGCGCCCAGGAAAAGAGGCGCCGCAGCUUUCCCAACAUCGAGGACGAGGAGAAGUUCCUCUAUGGGGACGAGGAAGAAGACGACGCGAAGCCGGAAUCCACUCUGGGCUCCAAGUCCUCGGGGGACCCCGGGGGUGAAGCCCUCCGGAGGAAAGCCACUCCCCCUCCCCCCUUGACCCCGGCGGCAAAGGUCGAGACCCCGGACGACACGGCCGUGGAGUACGCCAAGAUCCACGAUCUGCUCAAGACCAUCGGGCUGGACAUCGGGGUGGCGGAGAUCGGCAAGCUGGCGGUGCGCACCCAGGAACGGCUGCACGGCAAGAAACCGUUUUCCCGCUCCCCAGACCGGCGCUCCUCGACGGACUCCCGCGGGCUCGAGAGCAGGGAGGCGCGCCGGGCCGACCCCCGCUCCCCCGAGGCGAUCCACCCACGUCCCGCUUCCCCCGCCGACCCGUUCCUGAUGGCCCGGGACAGUCCCCCGUACCUCCAGCCUGACCGCUCCAAGAGCCAGGGCCUCGGGCCGGAUGUGGCCGUCGGCGGCGCCCACCAGCCCGCCGGAGCCCCGUGCCUGGUCCCCUCCGUCCCCACUGCCCCCGUGAGGCUGCCCCCUGCCACCUCUGCCGUCGCCCAGUUCCAGCUUCCCGCCUACUCCCAAUUCUCCACAGGGCAGAUCGCCCCCGCCUACCAGGCCCCGGCCAUAGUCCCCUCCACCUUUGACGCCUACAGACACUAUAUGGCCUACGCCACCACGGGCUGGUCCGUCUACCCCUCUGCUCAGCAGCCAAGCCACAGCCUUCCCAACCCCCACCGGCUCCUCCCCAUCGCCAUGCAGGGCACCUCCAGCCGCCCCAACCUUCGAAUGAUCCCCACCGUGGCCUCCAGUGAGCCCAAGCGGGACGAGUCCCUCCUGAUGCCAAUCCCCACGCUUCCGGCUGUAUCCAAGAUGCCUAUCCCUCCACUCAUGAAGUUCAACCAAUCUUCAGGGAAGUUCAGCACAGAGAAGAUCUCCGAGGAGAAGAACCGGGCCGCUCAGAAGCAGAAGGUCAUAGAAGAGCGGGAGAAGCUGAAGACGGAGCGGGAAGCCAGGCAGAAGAAGAUGCACUAUCUUCGAACAGAACUGGACCGACUUCGGAAGCAGCAAGGCGAGAUGCUUCGCAAGAAACGCCGUGAGAAGGACGGCCAUAAAGACCCGCUGCUGGUGGAGGUGAGCCGGCUGCAGGACAACAUCCAGAAGGACAUCUCGGAGCUGCGGCGUGAGUCGGAGGCGGCGGAGAAGAAGCAGUCCGAGCUGGACAAAGUGGCCCAGAUCCUGGGCAUCAAUGUCUUCGACAAACCCCGCAGGGCCUCUGCGGACAGCAAAGAGGCAGCCGAGAAAUCUGGCAAAGUGAAGAGUCCCGAAACCCUGCCCUCUGCCAACAAGGAGCCAAAGGCCAAUAAUGAAAAGCCCCGGCCGAAGAGCCCCAAGCCCCCGGAGCCUCCCGCCCAGCCCAGCCCCAAGCCUCCUGUUCAGUCAGCCACCAUCUACGAGUAUUAUGAUGCUGGGAAUCACUGGUGUAAAGAUUGCAACACCAUCUGUGGCACCAUGUUUGACUUCUUCACUCACAUGCACAACAAAAAGCACAGACAGACCCUGGACCCCUACAGCAGACCUUGGGCUUCGAAGAUGCAGAACGAGGCCAAACCGGACCCCGAAAAACGGGCCGAUAAGAUAACCGUCCCUGCCAAAGGCUCGGAGUUUCUGGUUCCCAUCACUGGAUAUUACUGUCAGCUCUGUGAGGAGUUUUUUGGGGAUCAGAUUUCAGGAGAGCAACAUGUCAAGUGCCACCUGCACAAUGAAAAGUACAAGAAAUAUGUGGAUGAAAACCCUCUAUAUGAAGCACGGCGAAACCUAGAUCGCCAGGCGGGGCUGGCCGUGGUCUUGGAGACAGAGCGCCGGAGGCAGAACGAGCUGAAGCGCAAGCUGAGUGAGAAGCCACAGCAGCAGGAAGAGAGGAAGGAAGAGAAGGACCCAAAUGAGGUUAAUUCCCCGCACGAGAUGGAGACGAAGACGAAGGAGACCACUGAAGCCAAGGAAGGCCCAAAGGGCCUCGAGGAGCUGGGAGAGCAGGCCUGCGAAGCCAAGAGCUCGCCAGAGAAGGUGGAGAUCCGGAGGAAGAUGGGCAUCAAACUCCGGGAUGGGAAAAAGGAGCUAUCUUCCAUCUUUGGGAAGUUCACGUGGAAAAAGCAGGAGAGGGGAGAGGAGGAGAAGGCCCCGGGGGCCACCCCGAGCCCCACCAAGGAAGAGGUGGGUGACGGUGGUAAGGACAAGGAGGAUGGCAAAAUCCAGGCUGGGAAGGUGAAGCCCAUUGAGAUCAAGUUGUCUGGGAAAACCGUCAUCCCUCACACCAGUCCAUGGACACCCGUCACGGCCUCGUCCACCCAGGCCAAGAUCCGCCCCAACCUGCCCAUCCCCACCAUGGUGCUGCGCAAGUCCGGCUUGGCGACCGUCAGCAAGCCGGCCCCGCUCAACACCUUCCUCUCUAUCAAGUCCUCUGGGACCACGGCCAAGCCCCUGCCGGUGGUGAAAGAGUCCGCCGCCGACGUCCUCCUGCCUCCAGACAUCAUCUCCAAAGCAUUUGGAGGCGAAGAGGUGAUCCUAAAAGGGUCCCCCGAGGAGGCGAAGAAGGCCGAGAAGAGCGAGCCCUCCCCUUACCUGGAACAGCUGCCUCCGCCUCCGCCCCCACCUCCCCCGCCCCCGCCCUUCGGCACCGCUCAGCCGGUCUCCGUCCAGUCCCCUCCGCGGCCAACCGCCACCUCGGUGCUCAGCAAGCCCACUCCUUGCCUGCCCUCCACGCCAACGUCCAGCACCCCGGGGCCCGACACGGCGCCCCCACCGAGCUUGCCAGCUACCGUUCUGCCUCCUUUGCAGCCGGCCCCCAUCCCUUCCGACGACGUGGCCCCAGGGGUGAGCGAGAGUGACCGGGACCAGUCCCUGCUGUCGAUACUGGUGCGGCCUCCGCCGCCUCUCUCGAGGGUGUUCAGCGACCAGGCUAAGAAGGUGGAAAAACGGAACUCGUGCCUGGCCGCUGCCAACGCCAAGGAUCUCUAUGAUAUCUUCUAUAGCAGCAGUGGGAAAGGGGCCCCCGAGAGCAAGCUGGGCCCCGUGACCCUGGCCAACGGGGACGGUGCCUUCCCCGGCAAAGCGGAGAGCUCCGAGGCGCUUCCAGGUUCCUCUCCAAGAGGGGGCUUCCUGGCCCAGGGCUCCCCCUCAGCUACCCCUUCCUCAGAUAGUGACCCCGACUUUAAGCCAGAGUCUGGCACGGCGAUUGGCGGGCCUCUGAGAAAGGGGAUGGGCUUCGGGCACAGGCCUGGGCGGAGAAAGUUGGAUGGGGACCGUGGCUGCUGGUCGGCCCACACCGGGACCGACAUCCUGGCCGCUUCCGCCUCGGGUAUCCAGGGCGGUACCCAGGAGAUGGUAGCUCCGGAGGCAGCCGCUUGGGCCCUGGAGCCUUUUGAGCCUUCUGAGUGGGAAACCCACCAAGAGGGAGGUCCCAAGGAGGAUACGGGCCUCAGCUCGGGGGAGCCUCGCCCUCCUGGCACAGAGGGGCCAGGUCCUCAGCCAGUGGCUGCCCCCAGCCUGACCCCCGAGCACCGGCGACGGGGAGAACCGGCGGAGCUCACUUUAGAUGAGGGCCGAGCCCGGGGGAGCCAAGGGCCUCAGUUAGCCAAGGGGCGGGGCCAGAGGAAGGAAGGGGCGGCCUCUGAGCCGCUGCCAGGGGGAGAAGGGGAGAUCCAGGAGGGAAUGGAGGUGGAGGCUUCCGGAAUUCCAUUAUCCCUAGCCCGGAAUGGCCUCCCUAGGGUGGAGGGUUCUAACUGGAGCCACAGGGGCACUCAGGCAGGGGAGGGAACCGUGAAUCCAGGGGAGCUGCCCACAGAUGACCCAGCCAGGGAGCAGACCGAGCCAUUGGCCACCCCCGGCCCCAAGAAGGAAGCUCCAGUCAAGGUGGGGACCGAGGCCCAUUUUGAGGGCGCGUGUAUCUCCGAGGAAAGAACAGGCAACCCACCUCCUUCGGCAGCCGGCCCGGGGCUUCAGCGUCCUCAAAGAGCUGGUGGCCAGGCUCCGACCCCGGGGUCGACUGUCCAGUGCCUGCUGGGCUCAAGCCCUGGUCCAGCGUCCAGUGGCCCUAAGGAGCAGGACGUGGAGGGGAGAGAGGAGUUUUUAUCUCUUGAGCCAGGCCUGCUGAGAGGCCCCAAGCGCAGAGGCCCCAAGCCUAAGAGAGGAAGAGGCAGGUGGGGUAGGAAUGCAGGGGUCCAUAGGUCAGAGGCCCCGGGGGACUCCAGCAGGGAGCAGGAGGACUGGGAGGUCUCAGAGGGACGAGAACCAGAAGCCUCGGGGUUGUCCGAUCACCCAAGGUUAGAGUCCCUACCUGGGGUAGAAGUGGAGUCCUCAGAGGGGCUGCUGGGGCUGGCUCCGAAGCUCCCUAAUGCUAACUUGGGAGCCCCAACCAAGCGCCCGAACGGGCUGCCCGGAGAGGCAGGGCAACCUCCCACGGGAUGGGAUCCUCCCACAGCCGAUGACACAGACACUCCCGUUGCCUCCUUGGACUUUGCAUUUGAAACGCCUCACACCCUGGCGCUGGAUUUAGGGCCGGUGGCCGGCCCCGGCUCCCCAAAGCUCAGAGCCGGGCAGACGACCGCCUCCGGGGCCUUGAAAACCAAACUGGAGUUGGAACACGUGCACUUUGGUCUAGGGUACUUGGAGCUGGGGCACAAAGACUUGGGGCUCCCUGCAGGAGGAAUACCAGCUACGGAAACAGAAGGCACUGCCAGGUCAGGCACCGUGGAGUUGUCGGGAUUAGAGUCCAGCGCGCCGAGCUCCCCUGGGCUGGCACCAUCCGUCAGCCAGCCGGAGCCCAUCGGCUCGGUCCGGCGGACUUCCGAGGUCCAAGAAGAGAAGCCGACUCCCUUCCUGGCUCAGCCGGAGAACUCACCUGAAGGCGGCCGGCUGGAGCCCCGAGCUCCGUCGUCCUCCGCAGAGGCCGCCCUGCAUCUCGGCAAGGUCAAAGAAGGCACGGUGAGCCCUGCCAACCUGCCAACAGCGAGCCUCCCGAGAGAGGAGAGGAGGAUGAGAGAUGAAGCUGGCAAGGGCUCUUGGGAAAUGUCGGGGCAGGCGGAGUGCCCAGGCAACACCACCCAAAGCCAAAUAGAGCCCAGUGAUCGUGUUUGAAGGGAAAUAGGGCCCAGGGCUAUUUAUAGAUGAGUCAUAUUGGCUUCUGGAGCCCUGGGCCACAGAGGUUCCCCAAGUUUGGGGCUGUCCUUCGGGGUGCACUGGGCAUCCUACUGUGAAUACUGGCCAAGUCCCGCAAACCCCUCACCCUUUCUGUGUGUGCCUGUUGUAAGCAAGUUGUUUCCCCUCCUCCCUCCCGUGAACUUUUUCUUUUUUUUGCCAAUUUCUUUUCUCAAAUUUUGCCAUUAAAAUCAGAUAUCUCUCUGGUUCAUCCCUGGCGUGUGUCUGGUUGUAUUUUGGUUUGGACUCCCAGGUUCAGGGGAUGGAGGCCGAUGGAGACAUUGGGCUUCUCGACCCUCCUCCGGUCACAUCAGAGACCACUGUCGUCUGGUCGGUUGGCACCAGCUGCAUCGUUGGAGUUAACUUCCACGUGAGGUCGUCUCCCGCAGACAGAUCGAAAGGGUCGUUGAUUGAAUGCUCUGCAUGAAUGAAAGGGACUUUUACUGUGUUGACAUUGUUUUGAAAUGCAUUGUGAUUCUUUGCCUCUUGGUUUGUAAUCUCCCUCCUCCUUCCCUGCCUCUUCCCCCGCCCCUCCACAACAAUCCCCUCGUAUGAACCGGCCUGUGUGGUGCGGCGAGGCAGAAAGACGGAUGGAUGGAAGUAAACCCAGCCAAAUCCCUUUCGGAAGAGACAAGCAAUCGCAGCUGCCCCCCGCACCGAAGGAAUCGAAGAACUGAACCUGGUCUUCAGAGAGGACCCGGCCCCGGUUCCACGGACCCCUCCCUCUUCCACCCCCCAACCCCCUGCCCCCGACUCCCUGUCCCACUAACCGGCCCCGCCUUCCCUGCCUGCAACUAACCACUGCCGGGGCCCUCGGGUGUUCCCACUGUAGUGUGGUGUUUUCGGUUGUUCAUUUUGUUCAGAAAUUAAAGCAUUUUUGUCUUGCUUGGAUGUGUCCCCUUUUUUUUUUAAAAAAAAAAAAUGUAACAUCACAUCGAAUAAAGAUGUUGUUUUCGUG